UCACACAUGGAUCCACAGAACCUUACACGGCUCCCCGAGUUUUUCCUCUUGGGACUGUCAGAGGAUCCUGAACUGCAGAUCUACAUCUUUGGGCUCUUCCUGUCCAUGUACCUGAUCACCGUGCUGGGGAACCUGCUCAUCAUCCUGGCCGUCAGCUCAGACCCCCACCUCCACACGCCCAUGUACUUCUUCCUGUCCAACCUGUCCUUUGUGGACAUCUGCUUCAGCUCCACCACCGUCCCCAAGAUGCUGGUGAACAUCCAGACACACAGCAAGGCCAUCACCUAUGAAGGCUGCAUUGCCCAGAUAUACUUUUUCGUUGCCUUCAUAAGUCUGGACGAUUUCAUCCUGUCGGUGAUGGCCUAUGACCGCUUUGUGGCUAUCUGCCACCCCCUGCAUUACACGGUCAUCAUGAACUUCCGGCUAUGUGGGCUGCUGGUCCUGGUGUCCUGGGUAGUCAGUCACCUGCAUUCUUUGUUACAGAGUUUAAUGGUCUUACGUCUGUCCUUCUGCCCACACUUGGAAAUCCCCCACUUUUUCUGUGAUCUCAAACAGAUGGUGCAGUUGGCUUGUUCAGACACGCUUGUGAACAACAUAGUGCUUUACAGCUUAUCUGUGCUAUUGGCGGGUGGUCCUCUCUUUGGCAUCCUUUACUCCUACUGUAAGAUCGUCUCCUCCAUCUGGAAAAUCUCCUCAGCCCAGGGGAAGUUUAAAGCCUUUUCCACCUGCGCGUCUCACCUCUCUGUGGUCUCCUUGUUCUAUGUCACAUCCCUAGGUGUGUACCUGAGCUCUGCUGGCGCCCAUGGCUCACACUCCAAUUCAAUCCCCUCGGUGAUGUACACGGUGGUCACCCCCAUGCUGAACCCCUUCAUCUACAGCCUCAGGAACAAAGACCUCAUGGGGGCUCUGAGAAGACUUUUCCAAGGAACUGCUACAAAGGGUCUAGUAGCUCGGGACUGA